AUGAUGUUUUUCCGUGGUUUGAUAUGGACUCUAUUCCAAGUUUGCUGGGCGCUUGAGGGUCCUUGGAGAGUGACUGCCCCCCUUGGCGGCUCCGUGUCUGUGCUGUGCCAGUACGGAAAGGGCAAGGAAGAAUUCGUCAAAUUCUGGUGUAAGGAAGCAACUUUUAGAUUCUGUUCUAGUAACCACACCAUCUACACAACAGGAUCAGAGGCAGAAGUAAAGUGGAAUGCAAUCACCAUCAAAGACAACCAUGCAUCCCGCCUGUUCAGGGUGACCAUGGACAACCUCACACAGGGAGACACUGGGACAUAUCUCUGUGGGGUGCAGAGGACCAGGUAUGACAUCUGGCACCCUGUGGAUGUGAUCAUUACCCCAGAUGUUGCUGCUUCAGCUGAUUUCCCAAACAGCGUUUUGGAAACAGUAACAGAAGAAGAACCUAGCUUCUCUACCAUAGCCCCUGAAAGAAUCCAGCCAAACAACAUCCACUUUCUGCUCCUGCUCUCCAAAAUCCUAAUUUUCUUAGCCUUGAUGGCUGUUGUGGUUUGGGUACACAUCUGCUACAAGGAAGGCCGAAGCUGCAGUGCCAAGGAUUCCAGAGAUGCAAGAAGAGCUUUGAGGACAAUUUCUUCCUUAAACACGGAAAAGACUGAGGCAUGA